GCGAAUUAUUAUACAUUCUAAAUGUCCCGUGACUUUAUAAAAAACCGAUGUCCCGUAACUUGUCCCAAAGUUAGGGAACAGCUCCGUAUCGCAAUCAAAGAAUUGCCUAAUGUGACGGACGGGAUUUUUCCGCGGAAGAAGAACGAUGUGGAACCGCGACUUCCGUCGGAUAUUAUUUCGAGAGUUAUACGAAACGAAUCGGAACGUGUAAUCGAGACAGCACAUGUACCCAUCAAUGAUGUACGAUCUGAAGAGUUAAAGGACAUCGAAGCGAAAGCAAUGGUUUUCCCGGAGUUUCCGAUUGUUAAAGAACCAACUGUCAUCCCAACAGAAAAGAUAGUCAAUGAUGAAGAAAAAAUUGAUUUGGAAAAAGAGAAAUUAAAAAAAGAACUCACACUUAUCCCAGAAGAAUCUGUUAUUCCAAUAAAAAAAAUAAUAGAUCGCAAUGAGGAGAAAAUUGAUCUUGUUGAAGAAAAGAAAUUAAUAGAAGAACCCGCAAUUAUUCCAGAAAAACCUGUCACUCCAAUAAAAAAAGUAAUAGAUCACGAUGAAGAAAAAAAUAAAAUUGUUGAAGAAGAAUUAGUUCAAAAAUUCACAAUCAUUCUGGAAGAAACUGUCACUCUAAUAAAAGCAGAAAUAGAUCACAAUGAAGAGAAAAUUGAUGUUGAAGAAAAGAAAUUAAUCGAAGAACCUGCAAUUAUUCCAGAAAAACCUGUCACUCCAAUAAAAAAAGUAAUAAAUCACGAUGAAGAGAAAAUUGAUUUUGUUGAAGAAAUUGUCCAGAAAGAAAUUGUCAUUCCGACAGAAAAAGAAAAAAUAGACCAAGAACCUGUGAUCGUCCAGAAGGAAAUCACUGUCAGUCCGAUAGAAAGAACAGCAGAUCGCAAUGAUGAAAAAAUUGAUUUCGUUGAAAAGAAAAGAAUUGCAGAAGAACCUAUAAAGAAAGUUCCGAUUGAGAAACCUGAGAUUAUAAAAAACGAAAUUAAACAGACGCCAGGACCAAAAAUUGAAUUGGAACCGUCGCAGGAAUUAGAAGAGCACUUUGUGCCAGAGGAACCCAUGGAAUAUGACGAAGAGGAAGAAGACAAAACUGACUAUGAGCAAUAUAUCGACGAGGAAUUGCAGGAAAUUCUACCCGCCGUAAUAGCGAGGGAAAUUCCAGAGGAGCCGAGGGCGGUGCGUACUGAAAUUUCCAGGAAUGCGGCCACCUUGUACGAGAAAAUCGAUCGCGAAAGACCUGUCAGACCACCGAGGGAGCGAGAAGCAGUGACCGCAAUGCCUGAAGAACGACCGGUUAGAGAAGAAGUAGCUGUGAAACGAGCUCCCGAGAACUCGAGGCUGGCAGAACAGAUCGUCUCGCGUAAACCUGCAGAAGAUGCUUGCGAGGAGACAUGUCCUCUAGUAAAAGAGCAGAAAGAACGUAUUAUGCGCAAAUUGAAGAUGCGGCAGCAAGUUAUAGAUCAUUAUUAUCUGACGAAAGGUUUCAGCUACUUCGAGGACGUAUGCACAUGUUCUCUAGCUUGUAUGGUGUGUACUUUGAGCAGGGAUCCGUUUGUGAAGAGUAUAUUCGCAUCUUUCGCAUUGUUUGCAAUCGGAUUGAAGCUGUGUUCCGAGCUAGAUGCAUGGGAGAUGCCGAAUCACGUUUCAUAAGACCAAAAUAUCGAUAAUGGCCAACACGUAAUCUUCACCUAAGCCUCUUAUAGAAUCGCGACAAUUUGCAUUUAGAUUAACGAGACCCCAUUAACCGAAUGUGUACAAUAACUCGUUUAUUCAAUAUACAGCUAUAUACAGUUUG